GUCCUGCGCAAUGCCUUUACGUCUCUGCCGCGCCAUCUUCAGAAAACAUUGAGCUGGUCACUGAAUGAAACUUAAUUUUAACCGCUUUGAAUCGCGGGUUACUACAUGGAGUGAUAUCCUCGGUUAUUCAGAUUGCUUCUUCACAAGUGGAGCAAAGAAUGGGAGUGAAGGCACAGCGACCUCGUUGCUUCAUGGACAUUGCCAUUGGCAAUGUGCUUGUCGGGAGAAUUGUGGUGGAAUUGUUUUCAGAUGUUUGUCCCAAAACAUGUGAAAACUUCAGGUGUCUUUGUACAGGUGAAAGGGGAAUUGGUAAAGGAACUCAGAAACCCUUACACUACAAGGGAUGUCUCUUUCAUCGCAUUGUUAAAGAUUUUAUGAUUCAAGGAGGAGACUUUAGCGAAGGAAAUGGAAGAGGAGGUGAAUCGAUCUAUGGAGGCUUUUUUGAAGAUGAAAGCUUUGCUGUUAAACACAACAAGGAAUAUCUGCUGUCUAUGGCCAACAGGGGCAAAGACACUAACGGAUCACAAUUCUUCAUAACUACAAAACCCACACCUCAUCUUGAUGGCGUCCAUGUGGUUUUUGGCCAUGUGAUCUCUGGUCAAGAGGUGGUUCAAACCAUGGAAAACCAGAAAACUGACCCUAAUAGCAAACCAUACGCUGAUGUGAAAGUAUUGAACUGUGGAGAACUUGUCCCUAAAUCUAAAGCAAAAAAAGAAAGUAAAAUAAAGAAAAGGGAUGGUUCAUCUGGAUCCAGUAGUAGUUCUAGUGAAUCUCAGGUCUCAUCAGAAUCAUCCUCUGAUUCAGAAGAUUCUGAGAAGGAGUCCAAGAAGAAAAAGAAAAAGACAAAGAAACAAAAGAAACACAAAAAGAAGCAAAAGAAAACAAAGCCAGAGGAUGCCAGUGCAGAUGAGAAAGAGCAGGAGGAAGUGGUUUCCUCUACAGUGCGUCCAGAGGAGAUUCCCCCCAUCCCUGAAAAUCGAUUCCUGAUGAGACGAAGCCCACAGCAAGCGGAGAAGAAGGAUGAGCCUAAAAAGGAGCAACAGAACAAGGGGGAAAGACCCAGUGCUGGUAUAUCCUAUAAUUCAGCAUACAACAGAAGGCUGGUUAUGACCCGCUCAGGAAGAAAAAUAAAGGGCAGAGGUCCUAGGCGUUAUCGAACCCCCUCACGCUCUCGUUCAAGAUCCAGAGAUCGGUUCAGACGUAGUGAAACUCCUCCACACUGGCGUCAGGAAAUGCAACGUCAGAGGAUGAGAGCUGUUACUGGGGAGCGUUGGAUUAAGGGGGAUAGAGGUGACGUCAGUGAUGGCAAGGAAGACGUGUCAAAAAGAGAAAGACGAUUGUCCAAUUCAAAACAUGAAGAUGCAGCAGAGAGUAAAAAGGACAAGAAAACGAGGAAUCACAGAUCCAAGAGCAAAGAGGAUGAUUCUGCUGAUAAAGAUGGAAAACAUGGCAAGCACAAAACCCACAAGAAGAAAGCAGAAAGUCGUAGUAAAAGCCGUGAGAAGAAAAGGUCAAAGAGCAGAGAGAAAGGACAUAAACCUCACAAAUCUGAUGAGAAAAGAGCGCGGUCCAAAAGCAAAGACAAAGAGGACUCAAAGAAAAAUAAACACUCUGAUCAUGGAAAAGACAAAAGCAAACAUGAAUCUAGUAAAAAGCAUAAAGAUGAUUUUAAAGGAACAAAUGGGGAAAGAACUAGGUCCAAGUCACGUAGCAAGGACAAAAAAGAUGGCCACAGAUCUAACAGCAGUAACCGAAAUAAGAGUAGUCGCACCAAAUCCAGAGAUAAAGAUGACAGGCGCGACAAGGACAGAGACAGGGGCAGGAAUCGUAGCCGAAGUCGCGACCGUCGCCGCGAUAGUGAAAGGGAAACUAAGAGGAGGGAGUCAUCCCGAAGCAGAGACCAUCGAGGGAGAAGCUCAGACAGAAGUAAGACAAGAGACGCUCAUCGGAGAAGGCACUCUCGAAGUAAGAGUAAUAAAAGAGAGUCUAGUAAAGACCGUUCUGCACAUAGGAAGGAUAAAGAACGAGAAUCUGGCAACCGCAAAAGACGACAUAGCAGCAGUUCUAAUAGCGACAGAAAUAAAAGAAACAGCCGUGAUAGAAAAUCCAAAGAAAAAAGGAGUUCAGAAAGACAGAAGCCAGACAGUAAUAGAGGCAAAGAGCGAAAUGACAGUAGAAGACAUAGACAUAGUUCUAGCUCAAGUUCUGACAGUGACUGAACAGGCCGCUUUUAAAAACAAUAUAACUUUUUUUUUUUAUACUCUUGUUUCCCGUCUUCACUGCGCUGUUAACAAGGUCAGGUUACAGCUCAAUUUCCCCCAGAAAUGUACAUUUUGGUUUGAAGUACACCUAUUGAUUAAAUGUGGUUAAGGUCAUGGACGUUCGCACUGACCAAAACAAUAGAAUGAAGACAGACAUCUGGGGGUGUGUUUUUUCAAGGGUUGUUUAACACGUCAUUAAAUGUACUCCUUUCAUUAUCUAAAUAGGAUUUAGUUUCAAUUUUCUUUGGGUAUAACAAAAAAAAACAACAAUUUAUUAUGAAGAGUUAAGCUUUUUAAAUUAUUUCUACUGUUUGCUUUUAUCAUUUAAUUGCUGUUGGUUUUGGACGGAGAGUGUACUUGUAAUUUUGGCAUAUUUUAAAUACAACCAACAGAAAUAUUUUGAUGCAUGGUCGGUGUAUUCCUUUUGUCACUUGGUUAUCUGUCCCCCCUCCACUUUUGUACAUCCAUGACCUUUUACUGUAAUCCCAUUUGUAAUUAAGAUGACUCUGGUUUACUUGUGGAAUUAUUGAUAAUUUGUAGUAGUUUUGUCCAAAUAUACUGGACAUUGCCUUUCUGGCUCUGAAGAAUGAAUUAAAAAAUGCAUUCUUGCUUUUAAAC